ACUGUGCAACUUGAGUCUGAGCUGCAGAAACGUUGCGUUCCUGGUGCAGGAAAUGUUUUUGAGGAAAACUUUGAUCUGGAAAUGUUUGGAGUGGAGGGUGUUUGGCAGGGCGAUGAAGCAGGGCAGGUCCCUCAGCUCCGGGAGUCGGCUGGACCUGGGGGGUAUUUACCCGCCGAUAGUUACCCCCUUUGACAAGGAGGGCCGGGUAGAGUUUCAGCAACUGGAGAGCAACGUCCGGGAGUUCAGCAAGAUUCCUUUCAGAGGGUUGGUUGUUCAGGGCUCCAACGGAGAGUUUGUCUUCCUGACCAGUGAGGAACGUGUUGAAAUUGUUCGGCGAGUGAGGAAGGUACUGCCAGAGGAGAAGCUGCUGGUCACUGGAUCUGGCUGUGAAUCCACAGAGACCACCAUUGCAAUGACACUCAGGAUGGCCGAGGCAGGGGCGAGCGCCAUGAUGGUUAUCACUCCGUUUUACUAUCGGGGCAGAAUGAACAGCGCUGCUUUCAUCCAGCACUACACACAGGUAGCAGAUGCCUCACCUGUGCCGGUUGUAUUGUACAGUGUCCCAGGCAACACUGCAUUGGAGCUUCCAACGGACGCGAUCCUCACGCUUUCUCAACAUCCAAACAUUAUUGGGCUCAAGGACAGCGGUAACGAUAUCACAAGAAUUGCACUGAUUGUUCACAAAACCAGGAACUGCAAUUUCCAGGUGCUGGCUGGAUCAGCUGGAUUCCUGCUUUCUGCUUAUUCAGUUGGGGCUGUGGGAGGUGUGUGCGCACUUGCCAAUGUCCUUGGGGAGCCUUUGUGCAAUCUGGAAAAGCUGUGCCUUGGAGGGCAGUGGGCAGAAGCUCGAGAACUUCAAUACAGGCUGAUUGAGCCAAACACAGCGAUUACACAAAAAUAUGGUAUUGCAGCCCUCAAGGAGGCGAUGGGAUGGUUUGGAUAUUACGGGGGACUUUGUCGUUCACCCCUGCUACCGUUGACUGAGGCAGAGAGAAAGGACUUGAGGAACAGCUUUACGUCCAACGGCUGGCUCUGAACUUGUCUACAGCAAACGCCACAGAUCAUGUGCUUGAGAUGGAGUUGCAUUUUGAAGUCAUGUGAAGUUAAAAUAACUCGUGAAUCAAUAGCGCCUUACCUUCCCUCCCCUGCACCCUAAACUUCACCUGCGAACUGGGGCACAGCUACUUUGAAUGUUUUUGUUCCACCAAGUUGGCAGGACGGGAGCUGGCUGUGUGAUCAAUGACAAUGUUUGUGUUUGCCAUCAACUUCCUGCCACCUUUAUCCGUUAACUCACCCAAUCAGCAUCCCUUACAUGUACUUACCUAGAAUCUCCUUCAGUGACCCUGUGCUGUUUGCCUUCAGUACUCCACGUGGCAGUGAAUUUCACACAUGCAUCAGGCUGUGGCUGAAAAAGAUUCUACAGACUUGGACCAUUAGUGAUCAUCUUAUUUUCAUGACUCCCAUUUCUAGUUGUCCACACAAGAGGAAACACCUACUGUACUCUUGACUGUGGUGAAUGUCUGGAAUUCUCUACCCUAGAGAUUUGUGGAGGAUAGAUCAUUAAAACUGGUGGCUGACUUGCUCACUGAGCUGGUAAGUUUUAAGUUUUGUCACCCUGCCAGGUAACAUCAUUAGUGCACCUCUGGUGAAGUGUCACUGUUCUGUCUUGCUUGUUAUUUAUGUGUCUCUGUUAGUUGGGGUGGGUGGCAUCACUUCCAGAUUUGUUUCUUAGUGUUUAGUAUAUACGAUUCAACUCUAUUUGUUUGCUUGUGGAGGUCUGGUUUGAGUGCUAGGCGUCCAGGAAUUCAUGUGCGUCUUUGGUUAGAUUGUCCAAGGAUGGCUACAUAGUCCAUAUUACCAACCACGAAGAAAUGAAUCCAGAAGUGAUGCCACCCACCCCAGCAAACCAAGAGACACGUAAAUAACAAGCGGGAAAGAACGCCGAUGUUUUACCGUACAUGCACAUGUACCUAGUAUGGUGACGAAACGUUAGCGCAGAAAGUCAACAACCUGAGCCACAAAUCUUCUCAAAAACCUUGAUCGUUGAAAGUAUUUAAAGAGGACGGAGAUAGAUGUUCUGAAAUAUCAGGGAGUUGAGGCCUUGGGUAGAUCAGUCAUGAUCUUUAUAAAUGGCAGGGCAAGCUUGAGGGACCAAAUAGCCUACUUCUUAAAACAGUCCUCCCCUAUGUAGGCACUGUCAAUACCCCUGUAGUAGAGUCUUUACAUUAACCCUAAGCUUCAUUUCUAGCCCAUGUACAGCUUCUCAAUUCCAACUUCCAGAAGUAAAAUCUCAGGCCAAGGAAAAGAUAGUGAUGUGGUACAUUCACACCUGUUCCCUCUCCAUCUCAAAAUAAGAAGUUAGUAAUUAGGACCGAAUUGAAGAAGAAUUGCUUCACUGAGGAGGUAGCGAAUCUUUAGCUCAUAGGUCUGUGGAGGCUCAGUCAUUGGGUAUAUUUGUAAAUCUACGAACAAGGAGCAGGGAUGGCACAGCGGUUCAAUGGUUAGCACUGCCGCCUCACAGUAUGAGGGACCCGGGUUUGAUUCCACUCUCAGUGACUUGUUUGUCUGGAGUUUGCACAUUCUCCCUGUGUCUGUGUGGGUUUCCUCCUGGUGCUGUGGUUUCCUCCCACUGUCAAAUGUUAGGUUGGAUUAGCCAUGCUAAAUUGCCCAUAGUGUCCAGGAAGGAGUGGGUUAGUCAUGGGAAAUGCAGGGUUAUGGGGUUAGGGUGGGGAAUGAGGCUGGACCUGGGUGGAGGUCAGGUUUGGAAGCACCUGUAGAGAAAAAACAGUGAUCCAUCUUCACUGUGGACUCGAUGGGCCGAAUGGCCUCUUUCCACACUGAAGGCAUUCUGUGAAGAUGAAUAAAAGCAGCAAGUGCUGGAGAAACUUAGUAGCUCUGUGGAGAACCAAAAGUUAACAUUAAGUCCAACAUGAUUCUUUAUCAGUAUAUUUACUGGAUUUGAAAUGUAAACUCUGUUUGUCUCUCCACAGAUACUGCCAGAUCUGCAAAGUUUGUUUUUAUUUUGGAUUUCCUGCAUCCACAGUAUUUUGCUUUUAGCAAGGAACAGGAUGGGUUGUGUGCCCGUAAAGCACAUUCUACCAUUUCAAACCAUGACUGAUCUAACCUCAAAUCCCUGCCUACCUCUGAUAACCUUUCACCCUCUUACUUAUCUAUCCACGCCUGCCUUCAAUCACUCUGCUUCAACUGCCUUUUCAGGAAGUGUUCAUAGUCCACUGUGUGUUAUAAAUGAGUGAUGCCUCAAUUUUAAAUGAUGAGGCAUAUUCCUAGACAUUACAGGAAUCAAUGUCCAUAGGUGUUAGUGCAGGAAAAUUGCAUUUAUGGAGGUCAACCACAGAGCAUGCUUGAAGGAUCCACUCAUUACAUUUCCUUUAGUCCCCUUUGUGAGCGCUGUAUCCUUUCCCCACACACCACUUUCUGUUGAAUAUUUAAACCAUUUGCAGAUUUGCUUCGAAAACCUUUUCUAGUGAAGCAUUUCUUAGCCUAGCAACUCUGAACUAAAAGCUCCUAAUCUCUCUCUUCAUUGCUUCAGUAAUGAUCUUUUGUCUUCCAAUUACCAUAUCUCUAGACAGUGCAAAUAGUACUUUUCUCCACCAAUUUCCUUUGUCAAAACUGUUGAAACAACUAUGAAGUAGAAGCUAAAUUUGAGGAAGGAACUUUUUGAAAUGAGGUGCAACCCAUAAAUUCUGUCAUUUUUUUCUAAAAUAUGGAAGCCCCCAUCACUGAAAGUUACAACUGCAAAAUGUGACAACGUUUUUAGCCCAAUUUUUAAAAAAAUACAAAAAAUGUGGAUGCUGGAACUCAGAGUCCAAAGAAGGUACCUGGAUGGAUACACGUGUGUUAAGGAUUUAGAGGAAUAUUGGCCAAAUGAUGGCAAACGAGACCAGAUUUGUUUAGGACAUCUGGUCAGCAUGGACAAGUUGGUCUGAUGGCUCUGUUUCCGUGCUGUACAACACUGGGAUUCUAGAUUGCUGGCAAGUCUCACCAGGUUUGGAAGCAUCUGUGGAGAGAAAGCAGAGUGACCCAUCUUCGGAAGCAUUCCACUGAAUAGCUCAGAGGUGGUGUAUUGGUUGUGUUUGCACUUGUUUUUGACAGGGCAGCAAUGUUGUGGUUAAUUUUUUGGAGUGAAAUUCCAAGAUUAAAAGGCCAUCAGCAUUUUCAGUUAAGUUUUCAGAGAAAGGCGAGGAAUGUUUGUGUUUAGUACCAUUAACGUUAUUUCUGGUGUAUUUCAGUUAGUGUUCUGGCUUGCAUUCCUGAACGUGAUUGCAUUGUUACUUUCUGUACAUAGCAUGUUUAGUAUUUGUACUGCUUUACCAUUGAAGGAUUAAUGGGUUUAAGAGUACAGCUUGUUUAUAAUGUGUAACAGAUAGUGAGCGUGUCCUUGAAUUUUAACUACCUUACAUGGAGAAAAACUGCAGCGAGAAAAGGAUGGGGCAUUUUGUCACUGACCUUCCAGCUCAUGUAUCAGCACUUCAAUGCAUCCAGUUCCCUCCCAGAGUUGAGUUCAUGGUACAGUUAUUUGGCACACAUCCUGUUCUCUCAGUUGCCAAGGAUGUGGGAAAUUGUAGUGUCACACCUGUUCAUUGGCACACAAAAUGUGGGGGUUCAGCUAUGUUGACUGCAUAGUAUAGAGGGAGUGUUUUACUCUGUAAUUAACCCCUUGAUGAACACUGGAACAGGAGUAGGCCAUUCAGCCUCUCAAGCCUGUUCUAUCAUUCAAUGAGAUCAUGGCUGAUCUGUUGCUUAAAGCCCUUGUUCAACAGAAAUCUGUCUCGCUCAGGUUUAAAAUUAACAACAGAUCUAGCAUCAACUACCAGCUGUGGAAGAGUUUCAAAUCUCUACCACACUUUUUGUGUCUAAGUGCUACCAAUCUCUCUUGAAUGGUCCCACCCUAAUUUUUAGAUUAUGUCCCCAGUUCUAGAAUCCUCAACCAGUAGAUAACAAAGUGUGAAGCUGGAUGAAUACA